AAUCGCUGUGAUAUGUCUCAUUCGUUCGGUUGCAUUGUUUAAAGUGCUGCGCGUUGUCUGUGUGUCCGCUUAUUUGUUUGGUGAAUUGCACAACAGUUUUUUAAACAAAAAAUUAUAUUUUAUUAAAGUGAAUAUAAAGUUUUAAUUACAAUCAUACCAGGUUACUAAUAUACUAAUAUGUCUACAAAGUCAUUACAACCGAAUCAAGGGAGGCGUACUCCAUUGUCGAUCGGCGCAUCUGUUCCCAAUAACAAACACCAUCAUAAACAGAAUCAAGGAAACAAUAAAGCUGUAUCAAAUUCAAAUAAAACUGAAUCCAAGUUAGUCGCUCAACCACAAAAAUCUGAGCCGAUCUCUGAAAAGAAGGAAAGCGAGCAGAUCUCGCAAAAGGAUACCAAAAAACAGCAAAACCAUCAAAAUAAUAAUAAAAAUCAUGAGGAAAAAACACAAAAUGGUGUUGGUAAAUCUAAUAACAAUGGCAAUAUUACCACUAAGGAUAAAGCCCACAGUUCUGGCAACUCAAACCAUGGUUAUUUAAACGUUCGAAUAAAUAUUGAAAAAACUGAUCUAACGUCAAAACAGCAAAAUGAAGAAAAGUCUGUUACAGACGAAAAGAAGGAAAAUGCAUCUAAAAAAGAGAAAACAGUCGAAAAGGAUGUUAAAGUUGAUAAAGUAUUGCCAAAAGAAACAACUAAACAAAAGGAGAAAGAUAGUGAUAGUGAGGUAGCAAAAGCUGAAACUAAAUCUACUAAAGCUGUAACAGAAGUCAUUGAAAAGGAAAAGGUCGAAAAAAAGGCAACAACUGAAGAUGUUGUAUUACAGAAAACCGACAAAAUUGUUUCAACAAACCCUACAGAGAAGGUUGCAAAUGCUACUCCUGCUAAACUUGUAGAGAAAGAUUCUGAAACGUCCAAGAAAAUUAAAACGCCAACUAAACCGGAUACUGUUACAAUUAUGGAUAUUGAUUCAGAAUCUAUCAUUGCAUCAAAACCAUCACCUGUAAAAGAGAGUCCAAUUAAAGUAACCUGUGGUAAUAUCAAUAAACCCGCAGCUACUUCUACUCCUGGAAAAAUGUUAUUUAGUAACCGUUUGGAUAAUGCUAGUUCACAAGCAAUUAAUUACUCACCUCCACGAACUUUUGGACAAAUCUCUGGUAGGCGUAGUAUUCGUACAAUUAAUAACAUCCAAAAUUAUCGUGAAACAUAUCGCCGCAUCAACACUGAAUUGGAUGAGUCAAAUUGUACAGUGAAUACAAGCCUUAACGUCACCGUGGGAUCUGAAAUACCAAACAGUUCAUCGUUCUCAUUCUUUGGUCGUGGACGUAAGCGUGAUCGCACACCUCCGCAACAUUCUCAAUCAGCUAUGGAAAUACAAAUUGAUGGGGAGCUUUCGCCUCCAAAACGCGCUCGCAUUGAUAUGUAUGGUUUGUUAAGUGUUGUCUCAUCUCCACUUUCAUUAUUGCGUUCACGUUUCUCCCGUGCAUCCAUACAAACUCCGGUUAAGUUGGUUUCAAAAUUGGAUAAUGAGGAAAAUGCUGAAGUACAAAAUUUGUCUGGUAAUCCAAAUGAAGUGGAGAAACAUCAAGGGAAUGAAGAACCAUCAGGCGAAAAUAGUGAGGCACCAGUUACCGAAAUCAUUGAUGAUGAAACAAAAGAAAAUGCUGCUAAAGUUGAAAAUGAACCCAAUAUAAGUGAUGCAGAAAUCGUUUUAGUGUUAGACGAUUCUAAAGAUGAUAAAAAAGAUGAUGCAAAUGAAGAGAAUCAAGACAAUGAAGACCAUAUUGACAUAAAAGAGAUAUCAUUGGUGGAUAGCGUUGGAGAUCCGGUUGCUAAGAGCAAGAAAUGUAAUAUUAUGUAAAGUAUUGUGGAGAAUUUUCAUCGUUUAUAAUUUUUCUUAGAGAUGUCUUUUGCUUACAUACAUUAUGUAUCAUUUCGUUGUAAAAAUAAAAAUAAAAUAAUACAUAUAUAUUUCUUACUUAGUGCAUUAAUUUAAAAGGAUAUAUAUAUAAAAUUAUUUUAUUGUUAUUUAUUUUUAUUUUAUCAAAUUUCCUUUAAAGAAAUCAACUUUCAUUAUCUGCGCUUCAAUAAAAUAUUUAUUUUUUUACGUUUUUUAUUUUACGUUUGUAAUUUAAAUAAAAAACAUAACAAAAUAUAUUUUUUUUUUAGACUGGGUAUUCAACUCAAAAAGAUCUUAAAAUCAAUCCAACUUAGAAUUAAGUUUUUGCAUAUUUUAAUCUCAUUUUAAAAUAAGUUCUCUAAAGCUAAAUUCAUAAAUAAACUUUCUUAUGGCAAAAUACAUAUAUAAAAGCAUCAAUAUAUGUUUAUAUACGUAUACAAAUAAUUAUAUAUAUCUAAAUAUAUAAAUUUCUUAUCACAGGAAAAUGUAACAAAAUAUUUUUAAAAUAAAGGUGAU